AUGAGUUCUUCAACCUCCGUGAAUGACAUGGACAGCUCAUCCAGUGAAGGCCCAAUUGAGCUCCAGUCUUCGGUGGUUUAUUCGAGACUAUCUAGAAAUCAAACAGCGAAGAAAUUGUUUCACAGCAUUAAGGAUGUGGACAGUUAUACUCGUUCAGUUACGAUGGCACGAUUUCUUAAUCGUCGAUAUCAGGAGAAGGGAUGGCUGCAGCCAGAUCCGGCUGCUAGGCUCUCUUCAGCCCUCGGGGUUGUCUUGCGCGUGGAGCCUGAGAACGAGGAAGAGGGGCCUAAAUACGUUUCCAAGCCGGAUGAUGUUGAUCCAGACCUCCAGUUAAUCAGUACAACUCUCGGCCUAGAGGCUGUUUUCACUAUGUCCUCCGAUAUCACUGCUUUACUUUUCAAACGCAUUGGAAAGACGGAUUCAGAAGUUACCUUGUCACCGCAUAAUAUUACUGUUCCUGUCAUUGACUCGUUCAAUGCACUGGUAAUGGACAGUUCAAACGUUAGAAGAAGAGAUUUCUGUUGUUUUUCUCGGCAGGAGAAAGUGGUCCUGGUGUGGACGAACUCUGCGGAUGAGCUUAUGGCACACGCUAUUGAAGUAGAAACCAGGCUCAUGGGCUCGAUAUGGGGAACCCUUAUGGUUUCAGGAUCCCAGACUCCUCGAACCCAUCGUCCCUACACUGUGACCGGGGCAGUCAAUACCCCUUUCCAACACCGAACACCGAGUGUUAUUUCAGGCAGUCCCAGCCAAACAUACUCACAUGCGAAUGAGAAAACCAUGGUAGUUCUCGAUGAAGUCGAUCUUACGGCCGAAGACGAGGAGUCUAACGCACCGGUAGCACGGCCAUUUCUCCUCUCACACUCUGUCAUGGUCGGUCUCGCCAUGUGCAUGUUGAUGGUCAUCGAAUGUCUUGCAGUUCGUUUGAUCAUCAUAGAAAUCAAGGCCCUCGGGACGUCGAUGCUUCCUCGUCUAGGUCUUCUGGCCACACUGCCAGUUUUCAUGUUUUUCACUUUAUUCUUCACCAUUGUUGUUAUAGGUACGCUAUUUCAGCUUAUUGGACCGAUGAAUGAUGUGAAACAUGGCAACUCGCGUUUCUACAGCUCUCAACCUCCAAAUCUCAAGCGUCACCCUGACUUUCAGUUUCCACAUGUCACCAUUCAAAUGCCGGUGUAUAAAGAAGGUCUCAAGGGAGUCAUUAUUCCAACGAUUGAGAGUCUAAUGCCUGCGAUUCGUCAUUACGAAUCCCUUGGUGGCACCGCUAGCAUUUUUGUGUGCGAAGAUGGAAUGCAGGCUGUGAGCCCUGAGGUUGCCGACAUGAGAAAGAAGUUCUACAAAGCUAAUAAUAUCGGUUGGUGUGCGCGGCCUCCCCAUGGAAAAGACGGUCUUCGGGUUGAAGAUGAGCUAUUGCGACUGAUGAAAAUGAAGGCUGACGCAGAGGGAAGAAGUCAAGAGUCCUUAUCUAUCGACGAAGAGGAGGAGCUCUAUCAACAAGCUUUGCAGAGCAUCAUUGAAGCAGACGGAGGCAAAACUUGGGCUGAGGGCAAUGUUCGUAUGGGAGAGGUUAUCUUGUUGAUUGACUGUGAUACCCGAGUGCCUGUCUAUUGCCUUUCUCUGGGGGCUUUGGAGAUGGAAGAGAGCCCCGAAGUCGCAAUCAUCCAGCAUGCAUCCGGUGUGAUGCAAGUGAUUCACAGUUUCUUUGAGAAUGCCAUCACUUACUUUACGAACCUCGUUUACUUGCUUAUCAAGUUCUCUGUUGGGAACGGUGACUGCGCACCUUUCGUCGGACACAAUGCCUUUCUUCGGUGGAAAGCUAUUCAAAGUGUUUCAUUCAUGGAAGACGGCAUUGAAAAGUUCUGGUCAGAGAGCCAUGUGUCUGAGGACUUUGAUAUGUCGCUACGGCUACAGACUGCAGGUUUUGUCGUGCGCUUAGCAACGUAUGACAAAGGUGAAUUUAAAGAAGGAGUCUCUCUCACGGCCUUCGAUGAGCUCCUACGUUGGGAGAAGUAUGCUUAUGGCUGCUCCGAGUUGAUUUUCCACCCUGUUUAUCAAUGGAUCUACCGUGGACCAUUUACGGAGCUUUUCCGUCGCUUCCUGUGGUCGAAUAUGAAAAUCUCAGCCAAAUUCACCAUUUUGGGGUAUAUCGGCACAUACUAUGCCAUCGGCGCUGCGCUUCCUCUGUCAAUUGUGAAUUACUUUCUUACUGGCUGGAUUGCAGGUGACCUGGACCACAGCUAUCUUCCUAGUUGGGACAUGUUGUGUGGUACACUGUUCAUUUUCGUAGUCGUUAGUCCAAUUACGUUUGCUUGGUACAGACACAGGCUAGGAGAGAAGAAACUGUUUUGGGCCCUGCUUGAGUCGUUCAUGUGGAUGCCUUUCUUUGUGGUUUUCUUCGGUGGUAUAUCGUGGCACAUCUCUUAUGCCCUCCUGGCACACAUGUUCACUCUUCCCAUUGAGUGGUCGUCAACAGCCAAAGAACUCGAAGCUGGAGGCUUCUUUAUUGGAAUGGAGAGAGUGUUCAAAGCAUUCAAAUUUGUUCUUUUCUUCAUGGCUUGCAUGACUGCGGCCUUGAUCUACCUGGCUCAAUUUGCCCCCUACGGAUGGAAGAUCAGCGCCUGGACGUCUAUUUUGCCUGUGGCGAAUCAGAUUUUUGGGCAUGUCAUGCUGCCUCUUAUGACUAUUUUGCUUUAG